AUGUCCAAUUUUGCCUCGAGAAAAACAUCUCCCAUAGGAAAUGACAUGAAGAGUUCCACCCAGGGGGCCAGGCUGAGGCAACAGGGAUUUCAGGAAGUGAACAAAAGAAGAACUUUCUUACAGGAUAAUAGCUGGAUAAAGAAACGUCCCGAAGAAGAAAAAGAUGAGAAUUACGGUAGGGUGGUGCUCAGCAGACACAACUCCCAUGAUGCCUUGGACAGGAAAGUACUUGAGAAACAAGAGCCAAAAGCUACCAUUAGUCGAUAUAGAUCUGACGACACGUUGGACAGGCUCUCAGACAGAAAUGAUGCUGCUAAAACGUAUAAGGCCAAUACCUUGGAUAACCAACUAACCAAUAGGAGCAUGUCCGCAUUUAGAUCACCAGUAGCAACAAAGCCGCAACCUGGUGGUUUGUUGAGCUCCAACACUGCUAAUCCCACAGUUUCCCCCUCUGCAACCACUCCCGUGAAGAAGAAGAGACAGUCCUGGUUCCCGCCACCCCCUCCAGGUUAUAGUGUCACCCCAAGCACUGGAGCCAGCAGAAGGGAACCUGCUGUUCACCCUCCAAUACCUCCAAAGCCCAGGUCUCCUGUUUCUUCUCCUAGCCAUGUGAGAGGGGACAAUAGGCAGAUAUGUCCACCUAAACCAGGAGUGCGUACAGAAACCAACCCAUCUGCUGAAAGAAAUAUCAGGAGUCAGGAUCUUGACAACAUCAUCAAAGUGGCCACUUCACUUCAGAAAACUGACAAAGGUGAAGAGUUGGAUAAUCUCAUCAAAAUGAACAAAAGCCUGAACAGGAAUCAAGGUUUCGAUGGUAUCUUCAGAGCAAAUCUGAAGGCAGAGGAAACAGAGAAAAGAGCCAAAAGCCUUGAAAGCCUCGUUCAUGUGAAUACCCGGACAGACAAAGAUGGCAAAGGAACCCAAGCCCUUGGAAGUCUUAAUAAAGUUAAUCCAAAGACAGACAAAAAUGAGAAGAGAAGCCAAGAUCUUGAAUCUGUUAUUAAAGUGAAUGCCAGGAUAGACAAAGCCAGCAGAGGAGGUGAAGACCUCGGUAAUGUUAUGAAAGUGAAUCCCAGGGGAAAUGAAAAGAAUACCACUGGAAAACAAGACCUCAGCGGGCUUAUUAAAGUGGAUGCUGAAACAAAUAAAAAUAUUAGGAGGGGCCAGAGCCUUGACAAUCUCAUCAACAUGACCCCGGAAGUAAAUAGAAGUAACCAAGGUUCAAAAGAUCUUAAUAACCUCAUCAAAGUGAAUCCAAGAACAGAAAAACGUAUACAAGGGCACCAAAGUCUUGAGAGUCUCAUCAAGGUGGCUCCUGAAACAAACAGAAUUAACCAAGGGAACCAAGACCUAGGCAAUCUUACCAAAUUGAUCCCUUCAGGAAAAAAAAGGAGUGCACAGGGUCUUGAUGACUAUAUUAAUGUAAGCCCCAAAGCUGUCAAAAACUCCUCUGGAAACCAAGAUCUCGAUCAGCUUAUCAAAGUGAACCCUGAAAUCCUCACAAACAACCAAAGAAACCAAGGUCUUGAUAACCUCAUCAAAGUGAAUCCUGCAGCAAUCAGAAAGGAUCAGAGCCAAGACUUGGACAAGCUUAUUAAAGUGAAACCUUCAGCUCUCAGAAACACUAACCGAGACCAGGACCUGGACAAUUUAAUUGAAGUAAAUUCUCAUGUGUCUGAAAACAAGAAUGGAAGGCUAGAUGGCCAAGUCAAUGGACUCACCAGUGCUCUCCACAAUCAGUCCCCGAGACCCUCUGCCUAUUCCUACGAAGCCAGGGACAAUCUCAGCUCCAGUGUUGGAACCAAGCAUGCAGGACCACAGGAUACUGUUGUGUACACAAGGACAUAUGUGGAGAAUAGUAAAUCACCAAGGGAUGGAUAUCAGGAGAAUAUCUCUGGAAAAUACAUACAGACUGUUUAUUCAACUUCAGAUAGGUCUGUCAUUGAAAGAGAUAUGUGCACUUACUGUCGCAAACCCUUGGGUGUAGAAACUAAAAUGAUUUUAGAUGAAUUACAAAUUUGCUGCCAUUCUACUUGCUUUAAGUGUGAAAUAUGUAAGCAGCCUUUGGAAAAUCUAAAAGCAGGUGACAGUAUUUGGAUCUACAGGCACACAAUCCACUGUGAACCUUGCUACUCUAAAGUGAUGGAGAGUUCUCACAGUCACUUUUCCUUCUCAUUUAGCAGUCUUAUCAUGCUCGACUACUGUAUAAUGGGUCUUGAGGUACAUGGUGGUAGCUCUAAAGCUUUCAGUCUCAUAGAAGUCCUUGACAUGGCUUAG